AUGGGAGUUUCAGAAGUGACAUGCAGUUGUAAAAGUUGGGGAAAACAGGUAUUUCAAAUGGAACAAAUCAAAGCUGAGAAAUCCGUCUGGCACAAAAAUUGUUUUCGAUGCAAAGAAUGUAACAAACAAUUAUCAGUUGACACUUAUAGUAGCAACGAAGGUGUUUUAUAUUGUAAACCUCAUUUUAAAGAAUUAUUCAAACCCAAAGCUGUAAUGGAUGACGAAACCGAACCAACAUCGGACAAAUCGGAUCUUGGUUUGGAUGAACUUGCUUCAUUGAAUGUUAAAUCACGGUAUCAAGUUUUUGAAAAAGGAGAAGAAACAACCAAUAGCGUUUUAGAAAAAUCUCCGAGUAAUAUCAGCGUGAAAAAAUCACCUUCAAUUCUCAGUAAACUCGCUAAAUUUCAAAAGAAAGGUAUCGACGUUGGAGUUCGCGAUGAAGAUUUAAAUGGUUUGCCGGUGGAACAAAGUUCGACUUCUAGCGAAGACGAAGAAGAUGAAACGGAAGAAACCAGUGCAUCAAAACAAAUCGUUAAAUCGAAAAAGAUAAAAGAAAGGCCCAUGAGUUUUAGUAAAAUGGAUGAUGUUAAAAGCGUUUGGGAAAAUGGUGUGACUAAAACGAGAGAGGAAAUGAGAGAAGAAAGAAAAGCGGAAAUUCAUCAGAUUAGAUCGAAAUUAUUUAUGGGCAAGCAAGUGAAAAUGAAAGAAGCAUACGAACAAGCCGUGAGGGACAGUGAAAAUUCCUCACCCAAAAAAUCAAUUGAAGUCAGAUGUGAAAAAGCAAAAUCUAUAAAAGAAUGUUUUGAAAAAGGUGAACCACUCAACAACGUUGAUGAUGAUAAUAAUGAAAAUGAAGAAAAGAAAAAAGUCGUGGAAGAUGAUUUGAGCUUAUUCGAAGCAGGUAUAUCUAAAAAAUCUCGAAGCAUGUUUUUAGAAUUGGAUAAGUCUGCUAAAACUCAAGCUGCUACCGUUGUGAAAAAACCAUCCAUCAAAACAUCAGGUCCAGCAUCAAAACCACAAGAGACUCAUAGUAAAAUCCCCUGUCCCACCGAUCCCCCGGUAAUGCCUAAAUGCAAAGCUUUGAUGAAGAUUUUCAUGUAUCCACAAGAUCCCCAAAGACAUCAAAAUACGGGAAAAUUAUAUACUUUUAAAGGGAUAGGCCUUUGGAAAGAUCGAACGAAUCGUUCGAAAAAAAAAAUAAAUUUUUAUUGCGAAAUAAAAUCUGAAAUCGAUCGAAUGUCAGCCGUGCGUAGGUUUGUCAAAAACCAGGUUUCUCAUACGGUAACAUCAGACAACAUCGUUAAAAGUUCUGAUACUGUUGAAGAUGUUCAAAUAGAGACUGCGGAUAUCAGUUCAAAGUUUAAAUUUUUUGAAAGUUAUAAAGAGCCUGAAAGGGAAAAGAAGCGAUUUCGGAUAACUCCUCCCAGAGAGGGGCAAGUUAAGGAGGAAUCCCCUGAAAAAGAAAUAGCCAGAGAUCCGAACGUAAUUCGCUCGUGUGAUAAAGUUGAUAAUGAAAUAAUACGCACUAAUACUACGGCUAAAAUGUUAUCCUUGUUCCGGCAAAUGGAAGAAAAGACUGAAGAAAUUCCCGAAGGACCCAAACCGUUAAAACGUUUCACUCCUCCACCGGAUUACAAACAAGAAAGCGAAGAAGAUUCGGGUGAAUCAGAAGAAUCUGGAGAAGAGGAAGAUGAAGAAGAACAGGAAGAGGAACAUGUAGAAACAAAUUCAAAUAUAAUUCGAGCUUCUGAUAAAGUUGAAGAUGAAUAUCUCAAACAAGCGGCAAACGCAGCAAGAGCCAAACAAUUGAGAGCAAAAUUUGAAAAAUGGGAAGAAAAGGAAAAAGCACAGGAGGAAAAUUCAAUUCAGAAUAAAAUCAAUGGAAGUGUUGUUAACAACAGUGUUAAUACGGAAAAUAGUGAAAACGUCGAAGUGACAAGUAUAGAAUGUACUAAAUCGUUACGUGCUAGAUUCGAAUCUAUGAAGGGUGAAUCGGAUUUUCCUAAAGAAAAACUAACCAGACCCAAAGUCAAUAGAUUUGUGGUAUGUUAUUAG